ACGUGAUCUAUAAUUUUUCAUAAUGCGUAGACAUAUAUAUAGUCCUUCGCUUCGCUCCGGACAAUAAACGAAAAUCUACACUCUAUUCGAUAAAUUAUACUGUUGCUAUCACGUGACACCACGCAAACACCACUUGUUUACUGUCUCAAAUGAUCGCCCAAUAAUUUAGAAAACCAUACAUUCCAAUUUUAACAAUUUAGUGGCACCUACAUCGCAUGUUACAUUUUUUAACUAUUCUAAAUUCCGUAAGGUGGCGAACCACACAAAUUAGAUAAAUAUCCCUACUUUAGAUCUUUUUUUUUUUGACAAGAAAACAUUUUUUUUACCCACCUAAAAUAAUAUAUUUUUUAAUCAUACUGUAUAUAUCAAUUUUUCAAAUAAAUAAAAAAAAAGAUGCCUCAAGCUGACAGAAUAAAACGCUGGGAAACAUCAGAACUAAUUAAAAUUCUUACAUUUCUCAAUAAAAACUUUAACUUAUGGUAUAAAAACCACCAAGAUGCAUGUGUGGAGGCCGUAAAAGCCGUUAAUAUUAACCGAGAUGGAAAAUCAGUCUAUAAUAAAGUUCAUUCUAUGAUCAAAGCUAUGGAGCAUUUUCUAAGAACUCGUAGAAAACCAAAGACUUGCUACAUUAUUCGAGAAAACAGAACUAUUCGUGGGUUGGUAAAAGAAAUUUGUUACAAAACUAGAGAAAGAAAUGGAAGAGAAAAUCAAGAUCGUAAUAAUGACGGUGACAUUGAAAUGGCUACAAAUAAUAAUCAACCAACGAUAACUAGGACAUCCCAAAAUCGAAUUAACGUUCCUCGGAUGCCUUUUUCGAUUGAGACAAUUGACGAGAUUUACAACGAACAAAUUAAAAGAAUUGAUCGUUCGGCGGUAAUAUCCAAAAACUUGAUCGAAGUUAGAAAUAGAGAAGUCCGUGAUUUAUACGAACAAAUCUCCAAACGUCGAACAGAACUCAUCGAAUUAAUUGAGGAAGCCAAUAAUAAAUUACAAAUGUUGAGAGUACUUAGAUAAAUCUUUUGAUUUAAAUUUUUGAUAUUCGUAUAUUUUAUAUGUACAGUA